AUGUCUUUCAGAACCGAACUAAAAGAAAAUGCCUUUCGUCGGGAAUCAACCGGGCCCUAUGCCGAUAACCUCAAGGUCGAUGCACUAGUCGUCGGUGCUGGAUUUGGAGGCAUAUUCUGUCUGCACGAGCUCCGAAAAUUGGGACUCAAUACUGUCAUAUUCGAAGCCGGAAACGAGUUGGGAGGUACGUGGAGAUGGAACUGUUAUCCUGGUGCCGGGGUGGAUUCGGAGGUUCCUGAAUACAUGUAUUCAAUCCCAGAGACUUGGAAAGACUGGACUUGGUCGACCAAUUAUCCUUCAUACGACGAGUUGCGGAGAUAUUUCGAUCAUGUGGAUAGUGUUCUUCAGGUCAAGAAAGACUGUGCUUUCAACAGUGUUGUUGUUGACGCGCAAUUCGAUGUGAAAGAGGGUCGAUGGCACGUCAAGACAGCAGAUGGUAGAUCCGCCAGCGCCAGGUAUUUCAUUGUUGCGACCGGCUUCUCUGCCAAGCGAUACAUUCCAGAAUGGUCGGGAAUGGAUAAAUUCGAAGGGAUUGUCCACCAUUCCUCCUUUUGGCCCGAUGAACAUAUUGAUGUUCGCGGCAAACGCUGUGCAGUGAUUGGCACCGGGGCAUCCGGCGUCCAGGUAACACAAGCCUGGGGCCCUGAAGCCGGCUCAUUGAAGGUAUUCCAGCGAACUCCAAAUAUGGCGCUUCCUAUGAAGAGAAGAACUCUCACGACGAGCGAGCAAGAAGAGGCCAAGAAGUCUUAUCCCGAGCUUUUUUCUCUCCGCGAGAAGUGCUUUGGUGGAUUUUUGUACACCUUUGACGAAAAAGAUACAUUCGACGACAGUGAGGAGGAAAGACAAGCUUUUUAUGAGAAGUUAUGGGAGGAGGGUGGGUUCCGCUUCUGGCUCGCCAACUAUAAGGACUACCUUUUCGAUGCCAAAGCGAACCGCCCUGCUUACGACUUCUGGUGCAAGAAAACUCGUGAGCGCAUCGGGGAUCCGAAACAGCAAGAUCUCCUGGCACCGUUGGAGCCGCCCCAUCAUUUCGGAGUUAAACGCCCUUCAUUGCAAUUUAGCUAUUAUGAACAAUUCAAUCGACCCAAUGUCGAAGUCAUCGAUAUCAAGAAUAACGGUAUUGUGGGAUUCACAGAACGCGGCAUUCAGCUACAGGAUGGAACGGUGCAUGAACUAGAUGUUAUCUGUAUUGCCACUGGCUUUGACAUUUCGACCGGUGGUAUGACCAACAUGGGACUGAGGAGUAUCUAUGGCACUUCAUUGGAAGAUGAAUGGAAAUCAGGGGCUUACACAUAUCUGGGAACUACUGUGCGCGGCUAUCCAAACAUGUUCCACCUUUACGGUCCGCAUGGCCCGACGCUCUUCAGCAAUGGACCCACCACUGUCGAGAUACAGGGUCGUUGGAUUGCCCAUGCUAUCAAGCAGAUGGAGCGUCAGAAUAUCAAGUACAUCAACCCGACACGCGAGGCUAUAGAGACAUGGAAGAAACGCAUCAAUCACCUGUCCGAUAUCACCUUGUUCCCUACCACCAAAUCUACCUACAUGGGUGGAAGUAUCCCUGGGAAGGUAUUUGAACAGGUUAACUACGCUGGUGGAGAGCCUGCUUAUGCGCAAGAAAUUCGCUCGGUCCUUCCAAGCUUCCACGGGUUUGAUAUUGUCAACAGCUCCAGGGAGACCGAUCAGGUAUCUAGUAAGAUCUGA